CCGAAGGAGGAGCUCCUGACUAGAGAGGAGGAUGCUGCUGCUCCCGCUGUGGUUGUUGCUGCCGGAGGUGGUGCUCCUGGUGCCGGCUCAGAAGGUCUCAGCGCUCACGUUUUUAAGGGUUGAGCAAGACAAAGACCAAAAAUGCAGCCAGGAUUGCACAGGUUCACCGCAAAAGUCACUGUGUGCUUCAGAUGGCAGGACUUUUUUGUCCAGGUGUGAAUAUCUGCGGGCAAAAUGUAAAGAUCCUCAGCUACGAAUUGAAUACAAAGGCAACUGCAAAGAUGUUUCAAGAUGUGUGGCAGAGAGGAAGUACACUCAGGAACAAGCUCGCAAGGAGUUCCAGCAAGUGUUUAUUCCAGAAUGCAAUGAUGAUGGCACUUACAGCCAGGUUCAGUGCCAUGUUUAUACAGGCUAUUGUUGGUGUGUUACUCCAAAUGGUCGUCCAAUCAGUGGUACCGCUGUAGCACAUAAAACUCCACGUUGCCCAGGUUCUCUAAAUGAGAAGCUGCCACAACGUGAAGGUACAGGAAGAACAGAUGAUGCUUCAGCCCCUGCACUUGAGACUCAGCCCCAAGGUGAUGAAGAAGAUAUAGCUUCUCGGUACCCUACAUUAUGGACCGAACAAGUAAAAAGCAGACAAAAUAAGACUAAUAAAAAUUCUGCAGCAUCAUCAUGCGAUCAAGAACUUCAGUCAGCAUUAGAAGAAGCCAAGCAACCUCAAAAAGACAAUGUGUUCAUUCCAGAAUGUGCUAAUGGUGGCCUUUAUAAACCCGUGCAGUGCCAUCCCUCCACAGGAUACUGCUGGUGUGUCCUUGUGGACACAGGGCGCCCAAUUCCUGGCACAUCGACAAGAUAUGAACAACCCAAGUGUGAUAACAGUGCCAGAGCUCAUCCAAGCAAAGCAAAAGAUUUGUUCAAAGGGCGCCAGCUUCAAGGUUGUCCAGGAGCCAAGAAGAAUGAGUUCCUGACCAGUGUUCUGGAUGCACUCUCCACAGAUAUGGUGCAUGCGGUCUCUGACCCUGCUGCAUCUUCUAGCAGGCUUUCAGAACCAGACCCAAAUCACACUUUGGAGGAGAGAGUGGUCCACUGGUACUUUAAACAACUGGAUAAAAAUGCUAGUGGUGACAUCGGCAAAAAAGAAAUCAAGCCAUUUAAAAGGUUUCUGAGGAAAAAAUCCAAGCCCAAGAAAUGCGUGAAAAAGUUUGUGGAAUACUGUGAUGUGAAUAAUGAUAAAUCCUUGACAGUUGCAGAAUUAAUGGGUUGCCUGGGUGUAACAAAAGAAGACAAUAAAGCAGACACAAAGAAACGCCAUACUCCAAAAAGCAAUGCUGAAAGUACUCCUUCCAGUAGACAGCAAACCUCAAAGAAGCAAGGCUAAGCCGUAUAGAAAAUAAAUCUCUCAGAUUUAUGAGAGACACCCUCAGCAAAAGGCAAUAAGAUCAACUGUAGUAUUUGCACUUUGUACUUUAAAUGUAAAUUCACUAUGUAGAAAUGAGAUAUUUAAACAAACAUUUUUAAAAAUCUGUGAAAAUGUAGUAAUAGCUUGUUUUAAACAAUUAUCACAUACAAUGUAUGUGCCUUUUAUUGUUGUCUGAAAUAUUUACGUGUUGGAGGUGUACAAGUUUGCAUUUAAUCUUUUGUAAUUAAUAACAUGCUGUCAGGUGUUAGAAACUACCCUGGUAAUAUUUUCCUUUCAGUAGUUUGGCUUGUUUUUCUGCAUAACAAUUAGUAAUUUUAAUGAAGUUACGCUGAAUACCUGCUUGAUUUGAAGUCUGCUGUAAUUCACAAUGUUAUUUAGUGUUUGAGGCUGCAUGUUUCUUACUCCAACAGAAGGUUGUAAAUUGAUGUUUGACUCCCAGUGCACCUUUUAUAAGCACACAGCCUUUCUCUGUCAGUAAUUGAGGUGUUUUUAAAAACACUGUGCUACUUUCUGAAGAUCACAAUUAUACAUCAAGAUUGCAACCACUAAUGAAUAAAAGAAUCCUGUCUUUCUGCAUUUAGGUUCCUGUAGACUUUUUCCUGACCAUUUUUAAAGGGCCUCCAAGUAUACAAUACAUGCUUAAUUAUUUUAUUUUGCAUUCUUUUUGCCUUUCUAUUGUCUCAGUCAGCCAACAGACUGACAGGAAAGCUUGCAGCUGAUUGCCUUUCUCAAAAAGAUUUUACAAAGACUGAGAACAGACAUAAUAAAGAAAUCAGAAAGCAUAAUUGCUCAAUAUUGUAAAUCUAAUUUUGAAGAACAAAAGAGGG